UUGCUGCAUCCUAUUGGCGAGGACUGGCGAGGGAGUUUCAAAACCAUAUCUUUUCUUCUCGUCAGCGUUUGGUUGUAUGCUUUUGCUAAAGACUGUAUGAAUUCAACCAACAAACUCUGUUAUUUUAAGGAUGAGUUCUGUUGAUGUGAAUGAUGAAAAUUGUGGGGUCAUCCCCGCAGGAAAGCACGGCAGCCUAAGUCAGGACAUAUUUGCCCUAGAUCAGCCAACUGGAAGGCCCUCAAUCCUGCGGCAAACAGAGAACCUACCCAGCAAGACUGUGCCAAAAGGGAUGAAGGUUUGCUUUCAGACCCCAAGAAGAGACCCUGUGACCAAAAGAAUUCUGUCUCCCAGCAAGUCAGUCAAGAUGACGAGUGUGGAUGAGUGUACAAAAGCACUUGAUUCAUUAAGUCUGGAUCAGUCAAAUACUUUGCCUCAGGAACAAGCUGAGCAGUCCGAACAAGAGCUGUCAUCAUAUCCUGACGAUGACAUGCCGAUACAAAGCAAGGGUGGCUAUCAGUUGGAUUUUGACAACCUUGAUGCUAUUGAUCCAUUUCAGGGGUCUAACAAAAUGACCCUCUCCCCUGCGAAGCCUGCCAUUGAACAUCUUCCCACAGAUGUCGCUGAGCAUGGACACACACCUUCAGAGAAAAUCUUGGAAGAGCCGAAAAAAGUUGAACCAACACUAGACGACACACUUCCAUUCACCACCCCAUCUGUAGAAAACUCACUGGCUGACAUCAGCUCCACUGAGAGCAGUGUGGUUACAGUGAUGGUGGCAAAGUUCCCAGCAGUUGAAGAACAGUCUUCAUUCACAGCCACACCUGAUGAAAAACAACUCUCUGGUAUGUCUGCAAGCUCUGAUCAGGAUGCAAUAUCAGGGAGUUUCGUGGACGAUGCUCCACUUCCUGCAAAAGUUUCUUAUAACUUGGAUUUUGACAACCUUGAUGAAAUCAAUCCUUUCCAGACUGGAGGGUCAAAAAUUCAAAAUUCUCCUGAUCUUGGGAGAAAGGUACUGAACAGUGAUCCACCUGCAGAGGAAAAAAAACCUGCAGAUGUUGCUGAUGUUCCUGAAGUUGCCCAAGAGUUGCUUCUCCAGACUGAUGUAAAGCCUUCAGUAGCAGGGUCUUCCCUAUCUACCAAUACAACUGAUUCUCCAGUAGCUGAAUCUGAGCCAGCAGGUGGCCAGGUCAAAGAAGGACCGAUCAAACUUGAGUUCAGUUUUGGGGAUGCAAGUGAGGUCAAGCGGAAACCACCUCCCAAGAAGUUUGGCAAAAGGCCGUCUGGUCUAAAACCUAAAGAGGAAGGGCUACCAUCUGAUGUUAAACCACCUAUUAAAGCCCCGGUGAAGUCUCAUGCCAGUGAUGUGGAUGAUGUUCCACUUCCCAAAAGUUCCUACUCAUUUGACUUAGAGAAGUUUGAUGACCCAAACUUCAAUCCUUUUGGCACAAACACAAACAUGAAUAAUUCUCCACAGUGCAGCAAGAAAACCAGCCUUGUGCUCAUGGAAACAUCCCUUCCUGAGGAAAAAGAAGCCGCAUCAUCAGAUUGUGCUGGAGAGAGUUUGCUAGGUGCCGAACCCAACCUUGGAUUGGUCACCAGUGAAAACGAGAAAGGACUUGAACAUGAAAGUGAGCAGCUGAUGCAGAGCCAGUCUGAAGUCUCUGAGGCAUCUCAACCUGACCAGAAGCUUCAGACGGCCGAGUCAGAGUCUAAUGAAGAAUUUGUUCCUGGAACAAUGUUCAUGGCCAAUGAUUUUGAUGGGCAGAUUGACUACCUUGAACAGUUUGGGUCCAGUAGUUUUAUGGAGUCUGCACUGAGGAAACAGUCCUUGUAUUUAAAAUUUGAUCCUCUCCUGAGAGAGAGCCCAAGGAAGUCUUUAGGCCCAGCUGCUCAGAUGCACGUCACUGCUCCUGUCUCACGGCUUGAAACUCUUCAGACUGCAAAAAAAGAGACCGUAAAUUGUCCACAAAGGGAUGGUCUCAAACUGUUGGAGGAUACCACAGCACCAGUUCCAAUCCUUGCGAGCCUCGUGCCUCCUUUUCCCCAGCCUACAAACACUGAGGAAGCUAUUAUUGAAGUGCUGAAGUACAGUCAGAAGGACAUGGAUGCUGCCAUUGCUAAAGUGCAGGCAGAAGGAAAGGAAAAAGAAGAGCAGUGGAGUGCGAAAUAUAAAAAGCUGCUUGAUGAUGUUCAAGAAAUGAGGAAAAUAAUUGUGGAAUAUGAGCUUAUGAUUGCAAAAAUGACGGCUGAUCAAGAGAAGGAGAAGGAGGUAGCCAAUGCUAAACUGAAUGAAGCUCUACUGGAAAAGGAGCAAGUGUCCAGUGACCUGAAUGCCAUGGAGAGAUCAUUCGCUGAGCUUUUUAAGAGGCUGGAGAAGUACAAGGAUGUUGUUGAGGGUUAUAAAAAGAAUGAAGAGACUCUGAAGUCUUGUGCGCAGGACUACCUUGCAAGGAUAAAAAAAGAAGAACAGCGCUAUCAGACCCUUAAAGCUCAUGCAGAGGAGAAAAUUGGCCAAGCGAAUGAGGAAAUUGCUGAGGUGCGAUCUAAAUAUAAGGCCGAGUCUUCUGCACUUCAGGCGCAGCUGCGUCGGGAGCAACUGAAGGUUCAGUCACUGGAGAAGAGCCUCGACCAGAAGGAAAAGGAAGCUGAAGAGCUCACAAAACUCUGCGAUGAACUGAUCUCUAAAGUUCAGAAGGGCUGACUUGCCUUGUAAAUAAUGUUUUCAGUGCUUCUGUUUUUCUUUGAGUCCAGAUCAUUUUUUGUGUAGUUGUUUCUUUUGUCUUUAUCAAUGUUCUUAUAAUACUGUAAAACAA